UGGAGCAGCAAAUGCUGGCACCAAAACUUGAUUAGAUUCCAUCUCAUCUCCAUCAGGACCUGGCUGAGGAAUCCUCCAUCUCGCACGGAAUCGCACCCGCCCAGGCGCCCAGCCCAACCAAACCUUUUCUUCAUUCUUGUGUGUGUGCUGUGUGCACAUGGACUGGACCUUCUCCUCUCGGACAUUCGCUCUCUCCAGUCCCCAGUGCCCGUCCUCUGUCUGUCGCAGGAUUUUUUAUACUAAUCGACCACUUUAUCACUAGUUAACGACAAGCUUACCAUGGAGGUGGAGAGGUAGAAAAGCUGGGUUUCCUCUCCUUGCUGCUCGUCGUGUCCAGUUUCUUUCUGCUGCUGCUCCGGCGGCGGCGGCGCGCAGGAGGCGGCGGCGGCGGGGAGCUGGCCGCGUCGUGCCUCGGGCAGCCCGGUACGCUGCCGUGCUUCGGGCUGGGGAGGAAAAGGAGCCCCCUCCCCUCUCCUCGCUGUGGCCAAGACACAGGAGGAGGCACCUCGCGAGUUUCAUGGCUUCCGCCUUCACCGCCGCGGCUCUCCUCCUCCUCGUCGUCCUCCUCCCACCGUCCGCCGCGCAGCCUGGUUUCAUCAGCUUGGACUGCGGGGGAGCUCGUGAUCACACAGAUGCCAUCGGGAUCCAGUGGACCUCCGACGCCACCUUCGUCUCCGGCGGCCAGACAGCGCAAUUGCUGGUCCAGAACGGCCUGCAGAGCCAGCAGUUCGCCACCGUGCGCUACUUCCCCGCGGACAACAGGAAGUACUGCUACACCAUGAACGUCAGGAACAGGACGCGCUACCUCGUCAGAGCCACCUUCCUCUAUGGCAACUUCGACAACAGCAACGUCUAUCCGAAGUUCGACAUCUCCCUGGGAGCGUCUCCCUGGUCCACCAUUGUCGUAGACGACGCCACCACCCCCGUCGUUGAGGAAGCAAUUAUCUUGGCUGCUGCUCCCACGCUCAGCGUCUGCCUCUCCAAUGCCAGCACGGGACAGCCCUUCAUCUCUACUCUCGAGCUCCGCCAGUUUAACGGUUCGCUCUACUACACCACUGAUGAGACGCGCUUCUUUCUUGCACUGUCUGCAAGGAUAAAUUUUGGAGCAGAAAGCAAUGAUUCAGUCAGAUACCCUGAUGACCCAUUUGAUAGAAUCUGGGAAUCUGAUUCUGUGAGGAGAGCAAAUUACCUUGUUGAUGUUGCUCCAGGGACUGAAAGAAUAUCAACUACAAAGCCCAUAUUUGUCAGUAUCAACGAAGAACCGCCUGAAAAGGUCAUGCAAACAGCAGUAGUUGGCCAGGAUGGGUCCUUGAACUACCGUCUUGAUUUGGAAGGUUUCCCAGCAAAUGCAUGGGGCGUCUCGUAUUUUGCAGAAAUUGAAGAUUUAGCACCAAAUGAAACGAGGAAAUUUAAAUUAGAGGUCCCUGGCAUGCCAGCACUCAGUAAACCGACUGUUGACGUUGAGGAGAAUGCUCAGGGGAAAUACCGUUUGUAUGAACCAGGCUACACGAACUUGUCACUUCCGUUUGUUUUCUCCUUCGGGUUCAGGAAGACAAAUGAUUCUUCAAAGGGGCCUAUUUUGAAUGCCUUGGAGAUUUACAAAUAUGUCCAAAUUACUAUGGGAUCUCAAGAUGCAAGUAUCAUGGCCAGCAUGGUAUCACGAUAUUCAGAAGCAGGCUGGGCCCAAGAGGGUGGCGAUCCUUGCUUACCAGCAUCAUGGUCCUGGGUGCAAUGCAGUUCAGAAGAUGCUCCGAGGGUGUUCUCAAUCACAUUGUCUGGGAAGAACAUUACAGGAAGCAUCCCAGUGGAACUGACAAAGUUAUCAGGGCUGGUUGAGCUAAGGCUUGACGGUAAUUCAUUUUCUGGCCAAAUUCCUGAUUUCAGCGCAUGCCGUAAUUUGCAGUAUAUUCACCUUGAGAACAAUCAGUUGACUGGUGAAUUGCCACCUUCUUUGGGAGACCUGCCUAACUUGAAAGAGCUGUAUGUCCAAAACAACAAGCUGUCUGGACAGGUUCCAAAAUCGCUUUUCAAGAGAAGCAUUAUUUUGAACUUCUCAGGUAACAGUGACCUUCACAUCGUAAACAAAGGCAUUAGCCACACCAUAUUAAUUGUGUGUGUGGUGAUUGGGGCCAUUGUGUUACUGAGUGCUGCUUUUGGAUGUUAUUUCUUUACAUGUAGGAGAAAGAAGAAACCUCAUGAAGACACGGUUGUUAUUGCAGCACCAGCAAAAAAGCUUGGCUCAUAUUUUAGUGAAGUAGCUACAGAAUCAGCACACAGAUUUUCUUUAUCUGAAAUUGAAGUUGCUACUGACAAAUUUGAGAGAAGCAUUGGCUCUGGAGGGUUUGGCAUAGUAUACUACGGAAAGUUGGCUGAUGGGAGAGAGAUAGCAGUAAAACUUCUCACAAAUGACUCCUAUCAGGGCAUCCGAGAAUUCUUGAAUGAGGUCACAUUGCUUUCGAGAAUACAUCAUAGACACCUGGUUACAUUCCUUGGUUACAGUCAGCAAGAUGGCAAGAACAUACUAGUGUACGAGUUCAUGCAUAAUGGGACACUAAAAGAGCACCUUCGUGGAGCUUCUGAGGAAAAAAUAACUAGCUGGCUGAAGCGUCUUGAGAUUGCUGAAGAUGCUGCAAAAGGUAUAGAGUAUCUCCACACAGGAUGCUCCCCAACAAUCAUCCAUAGAGACCUCAAGAGCAGUAACAUUCUCCUUGACAAGAACAUGAGAGCAAAAGUUGCAGACUUUGGGCUAUCAAAACCUGCAGUCGAUGGGUCUCACGUAUCGAGUAUUGUUCGAGGAACAGUGGGAUACCUGGACCCAGAGUACUACAUCUCGCAGCAGCUGACAGAGAAGAGUGACAUCUACAGCUUUGGUGUGAUUUUGCUGGAGCUCAUCUCAGGCCAUGAGCCAAUCUCUAAUGACAACUUUGGGCUCAACUGCCGUAACAUUGUUGCGUGGGCUCGAUCACACAUUGAGGGCGGUAACAUCCAUGCCAUCAUCGAUCAAUCUCUGGACAGAGGCUACGACCUGCAGUCAGUGUGGAAGAUCGCGGAGGUGGCCAUAAUGUGUGUGAAGCCCAAGGGUGCACAGAGGCCUCCCAUCUCUGAGGUGCUCAAGGAGAUCCAGGACGCCAUCGCCAUUGAGCGGGGACCCCAGGAGAUGCAGCGCUCCACCACAAUCCAACAGCAGCUGCUCGUGUCCAGCAGCAACAGGUCCCUGGGCGAUUCCUCGUCGGUGAACAACAACCUGGACCUGGAGAACAAUGGUGCAUCGUUCGACGAGCUGCUCAUGUGCCCAGGUCUCAGAUGAAAUGGCAAGAAACCACACGGGCCGCAAUUUUAUAUGAAGGGGUUGUGAACCUGAGUCCUACAUGUCAGUUUCAUUCGUGUGCUUGCUCGUAGCUGAACACUCCAUGAGCUGAGCUGUGUGUAACUGUGCAAGUAGGUAUUUGUUAUGUACGGGUAGCAAGGAGGAAAUCAAGGGAAAGUUUUUGCUGGCAAUCAUAUCAGUGGAUUGCUGCUGCAUAU